AUGAUUUCAAUAAAACAGCAAAGCAGCUCGUCCUCCAGCUCCAGCAGCUCCUCUAGCUCCAGCAGUGAAGAAUACACAAAAGGCUCUUCGGAUAAAGUAGCAUCCUUUGCUGUCAAAUGCCUCACUCGCAAUAAGAGACAAUACGGAAUCAUUGGCGAGGUUUACCACAGCUCCUCCGUGCUGAAAGUGACUAUGAGAAACAUCACACGGCCAAGCAAGCCAGUUGUCUGCUUCGUAAGCAGAAUGGUCACCCCUCACAAGCUCAGGACCACUCUAGAAGCAGGCUGGGAUUGCAAGGACUACCAGGUCGCCGCGGAAGUCGAGACGGGUUGGUUUGCUAAAAGGCCAGCAGUUCAGUUCAAGGCUACACACAAAAGGCUUCCUGUGGUAGUGACGACCUUUGUGCAACAAAUAACUACACUGAUUCCUGGAGCUGCUUACAUGAUGGGCUAUUCAUACAAAAUUCAAAGAAAUCCCUCUCAAGAGGUUACACUGGUUAUAGCUCUAACUGAUCCUAGAAGCUACGCCGUGAUCAUGAGGACACCCACUGUGACCAUCUAUGCUGAAGACUGCAUGAUUCCGUUUACACUGCCUAUCGGUGACGCCAGCCAACCUUCAAAACUCUGGGAUGUUCCAUCAGUGAUACUUGCUAGUCAGAAUGGUGUCUGCAAAGUCGAAAGUCAAAAGAUCACAACUUUCACCGGACAAAACUUUGACAAAAGAUUGCCUCCAGAUUGUUUCAUGACUUUGUUACAAGAUUGUACCUGCGACAAGAAGUUUAUGGUGCUGAUAAAAUAUGAAUCUAAUAAUGCAAACAACAUGCUAAUCAAAAUCACCAUUGCCGGCAGUGAAAUUACCCUCAAGAAUCGCAAUGGAAAGAACAUAGUGGAAAUUGAUGGUUCUUUAAUACCACUGGCACGUCUCCCAGUCAGACAUGAAGAGUUUGCCGUUAAAUCAGUCCACAAUAGUGAAAUUGUAAUUUCUUCAUUGUUUGGGAUUCAGGAGCUGAUCUACACUGGACGUAGUGUUCAGGUAACCGUUACUCCCGCUAUCGGAUAUACCUGUGGUCUUUGUGAAGUAUAUGGUGGAAAUGCAGAAAAAUUACGAACACCAAGUGGCUACUCAGCUAAAGAUCUAGAGAGCUUUGCUCACUCCUGGUUGGUCCCCGAUGCAUGUGGUGGAGAAUCUGUUGCAGCCUGCAAACUGAAACACACAACUAGGAGACUUGAGAAACCAAUCCGGAUUGGAGAAGAAGAUAUGCAAUGUGUUUCUAAUCUGCCCGUGCUGAGCUGUAAGGAGAAGUGCACACCCACCACAACAACUCAGGUGUCUUCUGGCUUCCACUGUCUCUCAGCUGGGGCAACCAUGCCAACUGAACUGGUUACCCUCGCUUCAAAAUCAGAAGACCUGGUUUCCUUGGUUGAAGCCCACGUAACAUGCAAUUGUGCUGAAGAACAAUGUGAAGCAUAA